AUGCACCGGUCUCAAGAGGAUGCCCCUCCAAAAGAAGUAGCUACUGUCAAACCCCCAGCACAGAAGAAAGCUGUUCCAAAACUGGUUUCCGUUGUAUCAUCUAUCACCGAGAAGGAACGCAAAGCAAAGCUGGCACCAAAGCCGACACCGGACGCAACAACCACUUCGCCUGAACAAUCAUUCUUAUGGGAAGAAGCCUAUGACCUUUUAAAGCGAGAGAAUCCUGUGCUUGUGACCGAGUAUGAGAUCCUCUUAUCUCAAGUGGACGUUGAAACCAAGCCAACUCUAUUAACGUCAAAAGAUGCCACGAUCAUUGCCGAAAAUAAGAUCCCCCAGAACGACUCGGUAGCACGGCGACAAACAUUGCAAAACAUUGCACUGCACAGCCUCGAAGAGAUGCAAGACGGAAGACUCAAAACUACAUUUUUCGGAAAGCAAGUUGUGUGGCAAGAGGCGAUAGGGAAGUUUGGUCUCGGUGUGAGUUGGGUUCAGGAAUACACAAGAGAUGCAUUCAGAGAUGUCCCCUAUGCACCAAUUGUCAUGGCUGGCAUCGGCCUUCUCCUUCCCUUGUUGACCGGUCCAUUCACGGCCGACAGCGAAAAUCACCAAGGAAUUUUAUACGUCACAUCGCAAAUCAGAUAUUACAUCAAGAUGGAAACACUGAUGUUGCCGAGCUGUUUGGAUGCUGGGAUCAAAACCGAGUUGAAAGAGCGUGUGAAAUGCUUCUACAAACUCGUGAUCGGCUUCCAAGUACAAAGCGUAAUGAGAUGGGAUCGCAGCCCUCUACAAGACUACCUGAAGAGUGUGGUCGAUUCUGACGACUGGGGUACUCAGCUGAGUAUGAUCAAGGAGGCAGAGCAAACUCUCCGAGACAGUUUUCAGGACGCCGCGUCCUGGACUAGUGUGCAGAAGCUCGACACCAUCAAACAAGAAGCUCAAGAAUCACGCAAAGCGCUCGAUGCGAUCGCCGAACAAACACGGGAAAUUUCUCAACACAUGUCUAAUGCCGAGCAUCGCCGCUGCCGAGAAAUCCUCAAGGCUACUAAUCCCCAACACGACAAAGAGCGCAUCGAAGAAUUCAAAGGUGGCCUCCUCAAGGACUCCUACCACUGGAUUGUUCAGCAUGAAGACUUUAAGCAGUGGAUAGAUGCCAAAUCUGGUCAACUGCUUUGGAUAAAAGGCGAUGCUGGCAAAGGAAAAACGAUGUUGCUAUGUGGAGUCAUCGAUGAACUCUCUCAGAUGGCUAAGAAUGGCGCUAACAUUGCCUACUUCUUUUGUCAAGACAACACUGAGGGUCUCAACAACUCCGCCGCAGUUCUGAGAGGCCUCAUAUGGAUGCUUGUGAAACAGCAGCCUUCACUGAUAGAUGAAAUAUCGGAAGAUUCCUUUGAGGGGGAAAAUGCCUGGUUCGGACUCCAGAAAGUAUUCGUCAACAUUCUGAACAAUCCAAACCUGCGGAAAACGUACCUUAUUUUAGACGGACUUGACGAAUGCACUGGAAACCGCCAUCGUCUUCUUCAGCUACUUGCCAAGCACUCUUCCGCUCAUGCAAAUGUCAAAUGGAUCGCCUCGAGCCGGAAUUGGCCAGAGAUUGAGCAAGAACUCGAGCAUGCAGCAGAGACGAAACUUCAACUUGAACUGAACGAGGAAGUGUUAUCAAAAGCUGUUCGUUCAUUCAUUGAAUUCAAGGUUGAAGACUUGCGGUCCAAAAAAAGAGAAAAGCCUGAGAUUUGGAACACUGUCAAAGACUAUAUGCUUGAGAAUGCACAAGGCACAUUCCUCUGGGUUGCCUUAGUCUGGGAGAAUUUGAAAAAAGUGUCAUGGUGGAAGGUUCAAGGGAAAUUGAAGGAGUUUCCCCCGGGUCUUGAUUCAAUCUACGACCGCAUGAUGAGCCAAAUCAUGAUGUCGGAAGAUGCUGAUCUCUUCAAGUCGGUUUUGAGCGUGUGUACAACUGUUCUUCGUCCAAUCACGUUGGAAGAGAUGAUGGUAUACGUUGAUGUCCCCGAGAGCUCGGUGGAGGUCCUCGAAGACAUAGUCCGGCGAUGCGGUACUAUUUUGUCACUUCAGGGCAACACUGUCUAUUUGGUGCACCAGUCAGCGAAAGACUUCCUCUUGAAACAGGCAUCCGGCGAAUUAUUCCCUUCCGGGGAAGAAAAUGUACAGUACAACCUCUUCUCCGCAUCGCUUCUUCAUCUCAGAGAAAACUUACGCCGCGAUAUCUAUAGCUUGAGAGCGCCUGGCUAUCCAGCCGAGCAGAUCAGCAUACCAGACGAGGACCCCCUGAUUUCAGCACGCUAUGCAUGCGUCCAUUGGGUCGAUCAUCUUCUUGCAUGCAAUAAAAUCGAACGUGCAAAGAUGGACUUGCAAGAAGGGGGCUUGGUGGAUUUCUUCCUACGCCAGGACUAUCUUCACUGGCUAGAAGCUAUGAGCAUUAUAAAAAGUCUUCCCGCUGGCAUCGUUUCCAUACGGAAGCUUGAAGACUUAUUUCAGGUCGAAGACAAAUCAAAAACUCUGAUACUUCGAGUACGAGAUGCUCUUAGAUUUGUUCAAUACACCAAAGUCGCCAUUGAAAGUUGUCCACUCCAAGUUUAUUACUCAUCUCUCGUCUAUAGCCCGGACAAAACCAUCACGAGACAAUGCCAUCAACAUAGAGAGCAUAAGAAAGAUUGGAUCCAAAAAUUGCCAGUGGUCGAUGGUCAAUGGGGCCCAUGUCUCCAAACACUUGAGGGGCAUAACUCGGCCGUCGACUCUAUUGCCUGGUCCCAGGAUGGAAGUCGCCUCGCCUCAGGGUCCGGCACAGGUCUCAGAGCAUGGGAUCUGGCUUCCAGUCAAUGUAUCCUCACACUUCAUAACGAAUUCAGCAUGUCUAGCAUUGUCUCUUGGCUAGGCGAAACUCAAGUUGCUGCUAUGUGGUCAUGGGAAGAUGUGGAAUUAUAUGCCAUCAAGGCUUGGCAUCUAGACACUGACGAUAUUGUGACGAUUCAUGAGGACAGAGGCCCUACGCCGACUUGCGUGACCUGGGCUCAUGACAGAAGCCGAUUCGCUCUAGCACGAGACAGGGAUUUUGAGAUUUGGGAUCCAGUCACUGCCGAAGGUGUAGUAAUCUACAAUGCCCACGAGAGUUCUAUCUUCGCGAUGCCCUGGUCUCCAGACCAGGCCCUGAUCGCGCUAGCCUCGUGUAUAGGGGCUAUCAACAUUUUUGAUUUGUCUACACUGCAGUGCAUCGCGAGCAUUGAGGGCUGUGAUGUGAGCACGGGCUCCAUAGCAUGGUCUCCAGACGGAACACUCCUGGUAGCAGGGUCGGAUGACAGCAAGAUCUGGAUAUGGGAGACAAAGACAUGGAGAAAUUUAAGUCAACUUGAGGGCCAUUCGAGUGAGAUCACAUCAGUGGCAUGGUCGCCAGAUGGGUCCAGACUCGCAUCUGGGUCGCGUGAUACAACUAUCCUCAUCUGGGACCUUCAGACUAUGAACUGUAUUGCCACUUUUGAGGGCCAUAGUGACAAUGUCACUUCCCUAGCCUGGUCUCCAGAUGACAAACUUCUCGCAUCGGGAUCUUAUGAUAAGACGAUCAAGAUAUGGAACACAGCAGUCCAUGCCGAUUCCUUUGAGUUGAGAAAUGGAAUCAACAAUUCAGUCGCCUGGACUCGGGACAGAAGCCGACUUGCAACAUCAUCGAAUCAAGUUGUUCAUGUGUGGGACACAGCCACAUGUCAGUGCAUGAAUCUAGAAGGUCAUACAGCCACUGUCGUGAAUGUCGCCUGGUCUCACGAUGGAAACAAACUCGCAUCGGCAUCGCGUGACUGUACGGUUAGAGUGUGGGAUCCUGACACCGGUCAGUCCACGAUUCUAAGCGGUCAUACCGACCAGGUUGAAUGUAUUUCCUGGUCCUUCGAUGGUAAUACACUCGCAUCAGCAUCCCAUGACAAGACUGUCCGAAUAUGGAAUUUGAGCACUGGUCAAUCCACCUGUCUUGAAACAGCUGUAUACGCGAACAGCAUGAUUAUAUCUCAAGGCGAGGGGCUUGCUUUGUCUCCCGAUGGAAGUCGACUUGCAUCAACAUGUUUUUUUGAUACUUUCGUUCGGGUGUGGGAUCUUGGUACGCAUCAGUAUACCGUUCUCGAAGGCCACACAAAGUAUGUCAACAAUGUUUCUUGGUCUCAUGAUGGGAAUCAACUCGCAUCCGCAGCAUCGGAUGACACUAGAGUGUGGGACCCGACAACAGGACAAUGUACGUUGGUCAUUCCUGUGUUGACUGAGGGUUAUCUUCAUUUUGAUAGCAUUGACUCGGAUUCUCUCCACACAGCACGCGGCACAUUUCAUUUGACACGUUUGAAGAGAGUUUGGGCAGAUUGCAAGAAUUGGGACUAUACACCAAAGCCAUCUGGGUAUGGCCUGGCUGAGGAUUUUGACUGGAUCACAUACGACGGGACCAACAUCUUAUGGGUACCCCCUGAGCAUCGACUGUGUAACCUAAACGCUUUGGACUUGUCAACUGCAGCUGUGACAAUUGGCUGUGUGCCUCGCUCCAUGGGGCUGAUUGAGUUCUCGACACUGAAUCCCCUCCAAGACCUUUGA